ACCACUGAAUCCUCCAACUGGUCCAUCCAAAGAAGACGAAGGAGUAAAAAGCAAAAUGGCGUUUCACAGAGAAGGCCUAAACGUGGCCACUGGCCAUUAUUGUUUCUCUAUUUGUAUUUAGUGCAUACAUGUACGCAUAUAUGUCGUGUAGUAGAUGAAACAUUGUUAGUCAUUGUUUGUAUCCGGAUACAUUAGUCUGAGCGCACUUUAUGUGCUAGCUUAGCUUGCUAGUUAGCUUAGCUUGUUAGCUGCUAACAAAGAGACGCGGACGUUAUCAACACAUCGCUAAGUAGAGAUCAAAUGUGAGUGUAAAGUGUUGUGAUUGUGUGAAAAUGUGCGAAAGAACGAUAGCAAAGUAUGAGGAGGAACUUUGUCCAACAAAAGAGGAGAAGGACCGUCAACAUCAACUACUGGACGCUGUUUUCAAGAAACAUCAAGUUGUGUUACACAGAACAGACGUCCAGCAACCCCCUCACAUUAAAGAGGAAGAGGAGGAUCCACAGCCCCCCCACAUGAAAGAGGAAGAGGAGGAAGUGUGGAUCACUCAGGAGGGAGAGUGUCUUCUAGGGCAGGAGGAGGAUGAUGUCACCACAUUUCCACUGACUGUUGUCUCUGUGAAGACUGAAGAGCAUGAAGACAAACCACCUGAGUCCUCACAGCUUCAUCACAGUCCAAACGUCCAGCAGCCCCCUCACAUUAAAGAGGAAGAGGAGGAUCUACAGCCGCCCCACAUUAAAGAGGAAGAGGACAAUUCACAGCCCCCCCACAUUAAAGAGGAAGAGGAGGAAGUGUGGAUCACUCAGGAGGGAGAGUGUCUUCUAGGGCAGGAGGAGGAUGAUGUCACCAAGUUUCCACUGACUGUUGUCUCUGUGAAGACUGAAGAGCAUGAAGACAAACCACCUGAGUCCUCACAGCUUCAUCACAGUCCAAAUGCCUGUGAAGAACAACUUCUGCCUGAAAAACAAGAGUGUAGCUUCAGGAUGGUGAAGGAGGAUCUAUCAAAGAAGAAGACCAGGCACCACAGACCCUCUGGCAUCUCUUUUUCCUCUUUGACACAGACCCUUCCCUGUAAAAAGGAAGAGGAAGAGGAGGAACACAGCAUCAGUCAGGAGGGCGAGCAUCUUGAAGGACUGGUGGAGUUCCCAGUGACUGGUGUCCCUGUGAAGAGUGAAGAUGAUGAGGUCAAAGGUGAAAGUGAGGAGAAGAGAGAGGUGGAGCCUCCAAGCAGCAGCUCAACACAACACAUGACAACAGAAGCUGAUGGAGACCACUGUGGAGGAUCACAAGCAGACAAGCUCUUAGCUCCACUAUCAGAUAGUGAGGACACAACGUCACACUCUCCUGACACUGAUGAUGAAGACUCUAAGACAUGUCACACUGACAACACUCACUUGAAAUGUUCUCACUGUGACAAAACCUUUAAAUACCAUAGUGAUCUGAAAACACACAUGAGAUCACACACUGGAGAGAAACCUUUUUCUUGUUCAAUCUGUGGCUUAUCUUUUACAAGGAAGCAAACUAUGAAAGAUCACACAAGAACACACACUGGAGAAAAACCUUUUAUCUGUUCAAUCUGUAGUAAAGGUUUUGGACACAGUCAGAGUUUGAAAGCACACAUGAGUACACACACUGGAGAAAGACGUUUUAUCUGUUCAAUCUGUAGUAAAGGUUUUGGACACAGUCAGAGUUUAAAAGCACACAUGAGAACACACACUGGAGAAAAACCUUUUAUCUGUUCAAUCUGUAGUAAAAGUUUUGUAGAAAGUAACCAUUUGAAAGUACACAUGAGAACACACACUGGUGAAAAACCUUUUUCUUGUUCAAUCUGUGGCUUAUCUUUUACCACGAAGGAACAUUUGAAAUUACACAUGAGAACACACACUGGUGAAAAACCUUUUAUCUGUUCAAUCUGUGGUAAAGUUUUUGCACGAAGUUCAUGUUUGGAAAAACACAGAACAAUACACACUGGAGAAACAUCUUGUAUAUGUUCAGUCUGUGGUAAAGGUUUUAGAGAAAGUCACAAUUUGAAAAGACACAAGAGAACACACACUGGUGAAAAAUCACAUUCCUGUUCAAUCUGCAACAGAAGCUUUUGUCAACGAUCAAACCUUGUAAGACACAUGAGAAAACACACAGGAGAGAAAGUGUUGAGUUGCAGUGUGUGUGGUGAAAGAUUCUCUUAUCAGUACCAGUGUAAGAAACACAAGUGUGCUGGUGAGAACAGCAGCAGCAAAUGAAACUGCAGGAUUUGAAAUAAACAGUCAAAACUUUAA